CCAAUUGUCGCACAGCUACACAAAGCUUUCCGUUAUCUCUAACUCCUCGACACUGCACUAACUCAAAACCCUCGAUGCACUCUCCCUUCUAACUUAAUGCUAAUUGAAGCUGGGGCUCUCAUGACGUAACUUGAAGAGUUCGGGGAAAAGGGAGUCGGAAUUCUCCAUUAUACCUUUUUCCUCUUCCAAAAGGAGACGCGUACGGUACGGUUAUCGUGGAGGCGAUGAGUGAUGCUGAGAGUGAUGACGCUAAGCGAGCGUUGAAGAAACGUAAGGCUAGCCGUGCUUGCGACCGCUGCAACUCUCAGCACCAGCCUUGUGAUAAUGCUGCUCCUAAGUGCAGCGUAUGCGUACGCGCAGGCACAGAGUGUACCUACAACAGACCGGUACGGAAAAGGGGUCCCCGUAGUGGGUAUACCGGUCAGAAUGGCGAACGUCUUUGGGCCAUAAUCCUGCAAGCUCGGCCCGAGCUCGAGGAUAUAGUCUUGCAGGUCCUGCGCGGCGGUACAUACGGCAACACCGGCGUUCCCAAUCUCGAUUAUUUCAGAAAUAACGACAAUCAAGCCGAACUUGUCAACUGGUUCAAUGAGAGUCGCCUUGGUAGAUUCCUGCAGAAUGGGGAAUCCCCUGAUCUGCUUCUGCCCCCUAGUAACCCGCAUGUUUCGCCGAUGAUUGCUCAAGUACGUAGUGAAAUGGGCUUCAGCCAAUCUGCGAAUACUCACCGCCAACAAGACGUGGCUAAGAGUAUGUCCGGACAAUCUAAUCGCUCAGCUUCCAUUUCACAGUCUUGUCCGGUGAAUCCACACGGCGCACCCCAAGAUCCUAGUGACAUAUACAUCCAAAGUGAGGAUAUCCGAAGGCGUGUAUUUCAUAACCAAUCCCACAUAAACAGCUACUUCUUGGGCCUUCCUGAAGAUUUGACCCACGAUAUGAGCCCAAAUCACACAUCAUCGAAUCUCACUGCCGCUCAGGGCACCACGCCCUUUUCAAAUGGCUCUGUCGAUGGCUACGGAGCUGGUACGCAGCAGACAAAUGAUCGUUCAGUACUAGACAGACGAAUGAGCGUCGACCCAUCCGUGCAGAUCUCUGAGCAUUCACGGCACCCCGAAUCAAACAACCCGUCCGCGACGCCCUUCGAAAAUACCGAAUUUCAUCUUGACGAAACUUCUCGAUGGCUUGACUCGACGCCAUUUGACACCUUGCGAAAUCUUGGGUUUGCUCCGGGUGAGCGAAUGGCAGAAGAUUUCCUCGAGUUGUGUGAGAAUCCGGAUCCCAUUGACCAUACCCCUGCCGCUUCAGCCGACCAGGAUGAGGAUGAAGAGGCGGUCUGGCGCCGGCUAGUCAUGCGAGGGAGAUUUAUAUGAUGAUGACUCUAGUUCUAUCAUUUAUAAGGGAACUUGGUGACUUAUCUCAGACCCCUCCAACGUUAAUAAGUCCCCGGUCGCUAAAACAUGAGCGUAUCAUACGUUAUAUCGUGCUCUUAAGCUCGAAACGACAUGUAACGACUGUCUCCAGUCGUCUUUCCCCAAAGUACUCCAUAAAGGGUUACGUUUAGAAUCAGCUUGGUCUAUAUUCUCCCACGAGAAGAGGCGCUCCUAGACGGAAUGUGCUUGUUGACUUCUACAGUCUAAGAGACUUAGUCUAUACCUAUAUUAUGCGGUUAGCACGCCGUCCAGACAAGGUUGACUAGGUAGUUAUGGAUAUAAUGGAAAUAGCAAUUCGAUCAAGAGACCAAUCGGCAUCUUGGCUAUAGAGCUGGAUAGGUACUUACGUAUCUAGACACUUAGCUCAACCCGAUCAUAAUAAAGCAAAGUAUCACCACA